CGAUAAAUCAUUGAAAAACGUCCGCCCUUGUUCCAUGUCAACAUCUUUGCCAGGUAAGGAAGAGGAGAGCAGCCAUAGGAAGUACGUCAAAAUUACACUUGCUGAUAAUGAAGGCAACCAGAUAGAAUACAAGGUGAAGCGCCACAUACCAUUCGGUAAAAUAGUUGAGUUGUAUGCCAGCAGCAAUAACAAGAAAGCCAGUCAGCUCAGACUGAGCUGGAAAGGACGGCCAGUGCAAAUUACCGACACAGCGGACUCUCUUGAAAUGGAAGAUGAGGAAGAAAUGGAGAUUGUUGCACCACAGGUGGGCGGUUGAUGCACAGAUUAAAUAUUUUUUAAAUUUAGCAA